AUGAGCAUCCUUAAGGGUGCUUUGGAAAGGCUUCUAGCCGAAUCUCAAUCAUCAAGGCAAAAAGAACUUGAACAAGCUUGUACUACCGCUUUAGAGAAACUUAAACAAGAAAUAAAUUAUAUUGCUAAAAAGAAAGCUAUAAAAGAUGGAAAAUUAAAAGCAAAGUCAGAAAAUGAUGCCGUCGAAGUUGCCCCACAAAUAAACAAUUCUGAAAAUGGGUCAAUAUCAAAUAAUAAUACCAAAAAUAGCGUACCGCAAACAUCAUCUUCUACCGAUGGAUCUGCUGGAGAAACAAGUCAAAGGGGUGCUGAAAAAGCUGCUGAGAAGGAAUUAAAAGCAGCUAGCCCCACACAAAAAAGUUCUCCAAGCAUACCAUCACAAGCUAAUUCACGUUCAUCAAUCUCUAGUAGUUUGUUUGCUCGUGCUGGUGAAGAUUUACCAAAAAUUUUAGCCGAUAAUUAUUGGCAACCAUUCAGAAUCGCUUGUGGUACUUCAAUUCCAGUUAACGUUCGUGUGUUAGCUUUGGAUUGUUUACAAAAAAUUAUAGCUCAUGGAUUGCUCAAGGGAUCUAAACCGAUUGUUCCGCCAAAGAACAGUAUCACUAAGAAACGUGAUCCCAAAGUUAAAAAUCAAACAAAUGGUUUUAGCGAUUCUAAUGAUUUAUCAUUUAUUGACAUAUCUGAGACUCCAUUUGAUAAUGAUGAGUCUACAGAUGGUGUUUCUACCACAAAUCCUUCUACUUUUCCAAAUCCGGCUCGAUUAAUUGAUGAUGUGGUUCAUACGGUUUGCAUAGGAUUUGUUGGUCCUCAAACUGAUCAAACCGUUCAACUUCAAAUAUUAAAAGUAUUGCUUACUCUUGUUACCACUGAACAAUGUCCAGUUCAUGGUAUUAGUUUACUUAAAAUUAUUCAAACUUGUUGUAAUAUAUAUUGUUAUUCAAAAAGUCAAGUAAAUCAAGCAACUGCAAAAGCUGAAUUAACUCAAAUUUCAAAUUUUAUUGUUUCGAGAUGUGAAGAAUUCGCACUAGAAUUAUCCAAAAGUGAACUUUCAAAAAAAGUUAAUGGAGUUGAUUCACCAGAUUUUAUAGAGAAUGAAAAGGUCAUAAAAGCAAAUGCUUCUGAGUCAAAAGAGCCAACAAGUAUUAACGGUGAAGUUCUCGUUACCGAGGAAUCUAAUGGCAAUGACUUCGCAGAUGCUAAAAUAUCUGAUCAUACGGAAGAUAUUAUUGAAGUAAUUAAUAUUCCUGUGGAUCACGAUGAUAAUAAAGAUAAAGAGAUUGAUGGUGAUCAAAUGAAUGGUAAUCCUGAAUCCUCUACAGUUAAUGUAAAUUUGGUACAAGAUGAUGAGGCAAAACCGGAAACGAUUAUAAGCGAAACUACUGAGAAUGAGUUGACUAACAAAGAGCUUGAAGAUGUCGAGAUAGAGAAAACUGUGGAGCAAUUUACAAAAGAUGACCAAGUUAAAAAUGAUGUGAAGGAUGAAUCUUCAAAAGACGACCAAGUUAAAAACGAU